CCUCCUUCCUUCCUUCCUUCCGCCGGGCGCGAUGGAGCCGGGACGCGGCGCGGCCGCGGCGCUGCUGGCGCUGCUGUGCGCCGCCGGUGCGCUGCGCUGCGGGCGCGCCCAGUACGAGCGCUACAGCUUCCGCAGCUUCCCGCGGGACGAGCUGAUGCCGCUCGAGUCGGCCUACAGGCACGCGCUGGACCAGUACAGCGGCGAGCACUGGGCGGAGAGCGUGGGCUACCUGGAGAUCAGCCUGCGUCUGCACCGCCUGCUGCGCGACAGCGAGGCCUUCUGCCACCGCAACUGCAGCGCCGUGCCCCAGCCCGAGCCGGCCGCCGGCCUCGCCCGCUACCCCGAGCUGCGCCUCUUCGGGGGCCUGCUGCGCCGCGCGCACUGCCUCAAGCGCUGCAAGCAGGGCCUGCCGGCCUUCCGCCAGUCGCAGCCCAGCCGCGAAGUGCUGGCCGACUUCCAGCGCCGAGAGCCCUACAAGUUCCUGCAGUUCGCCUACUUCAAGGCAAAUAAUCUUCCAAAAGCCAUUGCCGCCGCUCACACCUUUCUACUGAAGCAUCCUGACGACGAAAUGAUGAAGAGAAACAUGGCGUACUACAAGCACUUGCCUGACGCCGAGGACUACAUUAAGGACUUGGAGGCCACGUCCUAUGAGAGCCUGUUCGUCCGAGCCGUGCGGGCCUACAACGGCGAGAACUGGAGGACGUCAGUCACGGACAUGGAGCUGGCCCUUCCCGACUUCUUCAAGGCCUUCUACGAGUGUCUGGCGGCCUGCGAGGGCUCCAGGGAAAUCAGGGACUUCAAGGAUUUCUAUCUUUCCAUCGCAGAUCAUUAUGUAGAAGUCCUGGAAUGCAAAAUACAGUGUGAAAAGAACCUGACCCCCGUUAUAGGAGGCUAUCCAGUGGAGAAGUUUGUGGCUACCAUGUAUCAUUAUUUGCAGUUUGCUUAUUAUAAAUUGAAUGACCUGCGGAACGCGGCGCCCUGUGCGGUCAGCUACCUGCUGUUUGACCACGGCGACAAGGUCAUGCAGCAGAACCUGGUGUACUACCAGUACCACAGGGACAAGUGGGACCUCGCGGACGAGCACUUCCAGCCCAGACCCGAAGCAGUUCAGUUCUUUAACGUGACUACGCUCCAGAAAGAGCUGUAUGACUUUGCUAAGGAAAACAUCAUGGAUGAUGACGAGGGAGAGGUUCUGGAGUACGUGGAUGACCUCCUGGAGCUGCAGGAGACCGGCUAGUCCCCAGCGAAGAGGUGGCCCUCGGUGUCCGGAGACGCACGUUCUGUCCUCGCCCCGGUGGCCCAUGGUGUUGAUACCUCAAAGCCUUCUCUUUGCUCUAGGGAGUGAGAGGGAAGCCCCGUCUCUCACUACAUAAAUUUGGGGUGACCACACCUGCCUCCCUCCCUUCUCCCACGUUCACACCUGUGUCCCUCCCUGACUUCACACCUGCCUUCUCUGUGUUCACACCUGCCUUUCUCACUGUUUUGGUUGAAAGCACAGUCUUCCAUCCCCCCCCCCCGAAAAUCACUAUUUUUAUUUUUUUUAAUAAGAAAAAGACUCCUAAAAUUAGAUGAUUAUAAAAACCUAUUUUGGGCUUUGUGCUCUUCCAAAUUUUAGACUCCAUGAUCCCCAUGCCCUGGUCCAGGAAAGGCGGUGGAAGACAUAGGCCAAGCUUCUCUACCCCCCAUGACAGCCCACAAGGGGUCUGACCUGCCCCAUUUCUGGCACCCCCUGAAAGAGAGGCCGGGGAGAUAGUGCAGACCCCAGAAAUGGGGCUUUGGUCCAAAGUCUUGCAACGGUUGGUCGAUCCCUCUUAGGGACCCUAGUCGGUUACAAGUCUCAGAGUUGGAAAUGGAAGAAAGCAGAGGGAGUCUAGUUUCAUUCAUUUUUCCCCCAUAAAUAUUUAUUGAGCACCUACUACAUGCUAGAUGUUGACCUCGGCGCUGGAAACACUGUGCAGAGUGACAGGACAAAAAUCCGUGUCAUCCUCUAAGGGAGACAAACAACAAAUAAAUAAGAACAAAUGUA